GGCCGUUUUCACUAUCUCAUAGGUGGUUCCUGAAAAGAGCUCCCCGCCUUUGGGCGGGGGUGGGAAUCUGGUACAUCCUCACGUGAGGGGACUUGCCGGAAUGUAGGCCAGCAAAGGAGGGGGAAGAGCACCUUGUUGUCCCUCCCAGGCUGCCCAAGCCCCACUGAGAAUGGGUGAGAACGAAGAGGACACUGAGGAAGCCUGGCUACAGCUGCGGCCUGUGGAGCCCUUGCCUUCCCAGUGCUGUGGCAGUGGCUGCUCACCCUGUGUGUUUGACCUCUACCACCGAAAUCUGGCAAGGUGGGAGGCAGCCCGAGCCAGCAACGACAGGAGCCUUUUGAGUGGGAAGCAGUCACAGAGCUGCCCCUCCAAGCUGAGCCCAGAGACUUUCCUGGCCUUCCGCAUCUGUGCCCUGGACAAACUCACUAAGGACACCUACCAUGUUCGAUUUGCUCUACCUGGGAACAGCCAACUCAGCCUGCACCCUGGGCAGCACCUCGUCCUACGAGGGAUAGUAGAUGACUUGGAAAUUCAGAGAGCCUACACGCCCAUCAGCCCUGCCAAUGCAAAAGGAUACUUUGAAGUUUUAAUCAAGUGCUAUCAGACAGGGCUGAUGUCCCGGUGUGUCAAGUCCUGGAGAGUGGGAGACACAGCUUUUUGGCGAGGACCUUUUGGAAACUUCUUCUAUAAACCAAAUCAGUAUGGUGAGCUCCUCAUGCUGGCUGCAGGCACAGGUCUGGCUCCCAUGGUGCCCAUCCUGCAGAGCAUCACAGACAAUGAAGAUGAUGAGACCUUCGUCACCCUGGUCUGCUGCUUCAAGACCUUUGAGAGCAUCUAUCUGAAAACCUUCCUCCAGGAGCAGACCCGUUUCUGGAAUGUCCGCACCUUCUUCAUACUCAGCCAGGAGAACUCUCCAGAGCAGCUUCCCUGGAGUUACCGAGAGAAGACCCACUUUGGUCACCUGGACCAGGACCUGAUUGAAGAGCUGCCCGGAUCUCCUUUCCAAAGCCUGACCAGGGGCCUGUUGCAGGGACACGGGAAGAAUCUCAGACUAGAAUCAGAAGUCAUGGCAUCCAGGCAUGGCCCUGCUGCUCACUUGCCAUGUAACCUUAGGCAAAUGUCUUCAUCUCUUAGGAUUUCUGUUUCUACACUAUAGGGUUAAGCAUUUCUUCCUGGCAUCCUGCUGUGUGGAACGAGGGCUGUGGGAGCCCUGAUUGGUAAGCAUCCAGCCUUAGAGUCAGGAGGACUCCUCCAAGGAAGCCAAGUCUAGGAUAAGUAGCAGUUGGGCAGGAGAAGUGGGGAGCUGCCCUGGUUCUUCCAGUUAGAAGGCCCUUUAGGAGCUCCAACAGUGGUGUUCAUGCCAGCUCAGAACCCUAGGUUUAAACCCUCUAAACCUUCUGUGUUUAGAGAAUGACCCCAGCAGAAGCUAAAUGCUCUCUGGACAAGGACCAUAAUUUAUGUACCUUGUGCACUGAAAGCCUUGGAUUCUGACUUGCCAGCAUUCUUGGAGCAAGGCAUUAUCCUGGAUGACCUCUGUAUUGGCUCCAAACAUGUCCCACUGCAAGCAGCUUUGCAUUCAAUCUCCUUUCUCUGGCUCUAGAGUCUGGGCAGCCCAGAGCCCUUUCUGUAGCUUAAGAAGAGGCCUGGAGGCAGACACCUUCCCUCUUCCCGCAGGUGGCUGGCUCAGCCUGUGCCUUCAGCUGGGUGCCCUGGUUACGGUUGCUAAGGAGAUCUAAAGAUAGAGCAGGAGACCUGGGUCCCUCUCUCAGCUCUGCCCACAGUGGUUGCUGAUCCAGUUCCCCCCAGCCCUCCCCAUCCCACUCCCUCCAUCCUGCAGAGGGCGUGCCCUCUCCAGGGAGCCUGGUGCCCCUGGGCAGUGCACUGCACUUAAUAUAAUUCUGCUUUUUUCAGCCUGGGUUCCAGUGUGCUGCAUCAGCACUGGCUGGCUACGGGCCAUCCCCAAAAUUGGAAUUCUAAGCAGUGGAAUCUUAGCCAUGGGACAUUAAGAGCUAGGUUUUUGCAGUCAUAAAUUUCUGGUCCUCAUAUCAAAGCUGAAAGUAUAGGAUGCUAGAAAACGUCUAGUCCAACAGAGUGAUAUAAAUGGAGAAGUCAAGGCCCAGUAAGGCCAAAUGACUUGCCCAAGGCGAAAGAGUUAACAGGAGAGCUGGCACCACAAGUUUCCUAAUUUCAACCCUGUGCUCAUAGUUCUCCACCAGUGGUUUUCAAAAUGGGCUCCACAGGGCUCUUGCAUGGAUGACAGCAGUGAAAAGAUGGCCAGAGGGAUCUCCAGGCCCCACUUCAGCCAGAAGAAUUCUAUUUUUAUCCUAUUUGUAUACUGGGGUGUGGAGUAAUUUUGUCAGAAAGGAUUUUCCUGUCCCCCCCCCCCCAAAAAAAAAAGUUACAACAAAUGUGCUGUUCCAUGUUCACCAAAUAGUCAUGAUAAGCAACAGAAGGACAUGCAAAGGGUUCACACUGUUCCACAGGAAGGGAUUCUGUGCUAGAUGGAGGAAGGGUUGCUGGAUGUGACCUUCUCCAAGACCAUACGCAUGUGAGCAUAUUAAAGGCUUUGAGAAGACUACGGGUUUCAUUUGGCUUAACCCAGAGUUUCUCAGGCAUUUUCCUCUAGAACACUUCUGUAGGGCCAGGCUCCCUCCAGCACAGUGCAAUGAAAGGAAAAGGCCCUGAUAGAGCUCCCAAGUAGGGACUGUUGAUCUCCUGCUUGACCUGUGCCUGGGGCAAGACACUUUCCCUCCUUCAGGGCCCCUGUAACCUCUUGCCAGUGUCCUUGUCCUGCCCUCUGCCAGUACAUCCUGUGGACUCUACUUGAAGGGUUAUUGGAGGCAAUUAUGAGCCUGACUCUGUUCUAGAUACUUAGGAAACAACAGUGGGCAAGUGCUGCCUUCCUGUCAAGGAGCUCCAGCCUAGCCAGGAAUGUAGGGGUUAAACUUGUAGAUCUGAAAAAAUGGAGUGUGGAGUAGGACUAGAAAUAAGCUAGUUCUAGGGCUUUACCUAACCUAGGGAAGGCCAGGGACAUGCCACUGUGCCCCUGUGGAUGGAGAGUACGCUCACUCAUAACUAGGGGUGGAGUGGGGGUCCUCACUUAGAGAGUAAAGGUCUGGGUCAGUUCCUUCAUAUUUUUCUUUGUGCCAUUUUAGAGAUUUGAUAUUUAGGUAUUAGACAAGGUCACCUCAUGGUUAACAGCCCCUCUUGUCCUAGAGUGGUCAUCCUUCCCCUCCCUCCACAUAGAGUCUGUGUAGUCUGGCUGCUGGCGGGAUCACUUGUCAGGGACAUUGGUGAGGACCUAGCCAUGCCUUUGGUGCCAAGAUCAGAAGGACUCCUGUCAUCAGAUACUUGAGAGCUUGUGUCUGGGUGUUGUGCCUUGCAGGGUGCCUAGUGAGCCCCAGAAGAGGAGGAGUGGUUAAGAUGUGUGAAAACAGACCUCUUGGGAUUUGGGAUGAGACUCUGGGCAGCUGGUCCAUCCCUCCCAUCUCCUGCUGGUGCCUUAUGUAGGCCAUCGGGGAAGUGCUGUGGGUGGUGGCCACUGUGUGAUAUUGCAGUGGUAGAAGGAGACUUAGGAGCUGGACAUGACCAAAAGGCAUCGGGAAAUCAACAAAGUGACAACAGUUCUGUGAUCAGAUAGGUCUUGGACUUAUUCUAGGCCCAGGCUGUCCCCUUUGGGCCCUGCUCUACACUAAUCAGACUGAUUUUCCUAACGUGCAAAUUCAUGCCUAUCACUGUCCUACUUAAAGUCUUUCCAUGGUUCCUUGUUACCUUCAGGACAUGGCAUCUCAGCUUUGCUCACCUCUCCAGACCUGUCCUGUGCUGCCACCUGCUCUGUGCCCACCUCUUAUACUCCAUACGUGUUCUCUGGUAUCAUUGCUCCCUUCACACUUACUGCUCCCUUUGCCUGGCCAGCCUCCUGAUUCCAGUCUCCCACUCUCAUUUUUUACCUCCUUAUCCUCUGAGCUCCUGGUUCAGUGUCUCUUCUUUGGGAAUCCUUGCUGCCUCUUCCACCCCAGUCUGGAGCAGUGAGCAGAGACUCUUGAGUUCUUCCAUUGCCACACCCAUCAGACUGAGCACAGCAAGGGCCCUGCAUAGCCCAGUCCACUGCUUCCCCAGCAGAGAGGGCGCGCAGUACAUCCUGAAGGUCAAAUACUUGAGUGAUAAGCAAUAUUCAUGGAGCAAGUGACAGGUGGCAGAAUGCUUUUCAUAUUCAUUGAAGCACAGAAUCUUAACAAAUAUUUAUGCUAUUUUAUUACCCCAAUUUACAGAUGAAGAAACUAAGCUUCCAAGUCAUUGAGCGAUUCUCCAAGGUCAUGUAGGCAACACAAGUUCCAACCUGUGGUGAUUGUUGUAAAGGUUAUAUAUGACACAUGAAUGCACCUGGAGAUGUGUAUAAAGAUUUUUAUUGCUGCACUGUUCAAAACAGCAAAAACUAAAAAUUGUAUGUCCAUGAAGAAGAGAAAAAAUGAACAGUUCCUCCUUUUCAUUUGGUGCUGGGGAUUGACCCCAGAGCCUCACGUGUGCUAAGCACACUCUGUCACUGAGCCACACCACAGCCCCAACAAAUUGUUCUUAUUCAUCCAGUGGAACAUCAGACAGCAGUUAAAAUGAAUGAACUAGACAUCUGUCAACAUAGACUAAAUCCUAAAAACACCAUAAUGAUGUGAAUUGCAUGUUGUGAAAGGAUAGGUACAGUGAGACACCUGUACUUAGAAAUUGUUAAAACCCAAAGUAAUGCUGCCUUUUGAGUUGAGGAACCAGCUGCAAGCAUGAGGCUGGCUCUGGUGAUGGACAGAGGAGUUGGGUGGGGUCUCGGGCUGCAUCUGUACUUGUAUUAUAUUAAAAACAUUUGAAAUGAA